CCAUCUUGUAUUUCCGGUUGUUUAAUCCAAGAUGGCUUCCCAGCAGCCGCAACCGGGUGGCCCAGGAUUACAACCUACAUCUUUACAACAGCAACAACAGCAGCAGCACCAGUUGAGUCAACAAGAUUUCGAUCCGGUUCACCGUUUUAAAAUGCUCAUCCCUCAGCUGAAAGAAAGCCUGCAGAACUUAAUGAAGAUUGCGUCUCUCAACUUGGCUCACAACACGACAAUAGAUAACGGAGUUAAAAGUAGCGACACCACUGUUCAGCGUUUUGACAAAAGCCUGGAGGAGUUUUAUGCUCUUUGCGAUCAACUGGAGCUGUGUUUGCGGUUGGCGUAUGAGUGCCUCUCCCAGAGCAUCGACAGCGCCAAGCAUUCCCCCAACUUGGUCCCGACCGCCACCAAACCGGACACAGUGCAGACAGAGUCCAUGUCUUACGGCCAGUACCUUGGCAUGAUCAAGUCUCAGAUCUCUUGUGCCAAGGACAUCCAUAAUGCUCUACUGGAGUGUUCCAAAAAGAUUGCAGGAAAAGGACAACCGCCAGGGAUCAUGUAGUCUUAGUCCAUUGUUUUGUACCUCAUUGUUCUACUAGAUACUUAUAUUUUGCAAUGUACCUAACAUUAAAACUUUUGCACGGAUGUCUUUAAAGACUGAUGUAAUUAAUUACAUGGUAUUGUGCAAUGAACAGGUGAGCUAGUAGUAAUGCGCCGACUGAGAUAUGAGCAGGUGGGGAGUCCGCAGCUGGGUGGUGCACCAAAUCAUUGUGUGCUCCUGUUAAGUACUUGCAUCCAAAAAUAGCACAUGUGAGUUCACAGUAACCGGCAGUCACCCACUGUGUCAGAACACAAACGCUAUAUACAGUAGAUUAUAAAUGUUUAUUUUUAGAUGCAAAGUGUAUAUUAAAAAUAUACAGCAAGGACAAUGGCUGCCAAUGCAGGUGGUGCUUUGCAAACACCAACCUCAGAUGAACGAUAAAAAAGGGAAAGAAUGAGUUCUUUUUACAAAGGUUACAGCAGAUACGAGAC